AUGGCUACCGAUGCAGACGGAGACUCACAGAUGGCCUCCUCUCCAGAGUCGGCCCAGAUACCAUCGGACAGCUCCCAAAAUGGAGCUCGCACUCCGACGAAGACCAUUGGAAUUCCCUCGGAACUCUCCCCGCCCGGGUCCCAGACGCAACCCGCAUCGGCCAACGUAGUCGGUGGGAUGCCGGCGAUCACGACGAUGACUUCGGCGCCGGAUCAGCAGCCGGGAGCUAUGUGGAUGAAUAAACGGGCCGAGGAAGAAUUCCAACGAGCAAUGGAGUUUGUCGUGGACAAGGAUUUCAGUCUAGAUGAGUUUGGGGAUCCGUUCGACGAGAGUGACAUGCAGGAGACAGUGUUCUAG